AUGCUUAUCAUAUCUGGCGUGCCAUCCACGUUGUCUAUUACCCCUUUGACUCUCGUUCGCAAUGUGUUUACGAAGCUUGGUAUCCCUGAACUGUCGUGCCAUAUUUUAGAGAUUAGGACCAUUGCUCGUGAAUCAGGUCGCACAGUGUCUUAUGAUCGUCCUUUGCCGGUCUCUACCUCCGUUUCACUCUUUGUCACUCUAGCUUCUGUUGCUGUUCGUGAUAUCGUUAUCUCGAGGAAGCGUGCGCGUCGUGUGCUAGUGCAAAGUGAGGUUUGCGAGAACGAUUCAGGCGGAAAUAUUUACGUGAAUGAGCUGCUUCCCAAAGACAUAUAUGAACUGCUGAAGCAAACAAAGCAUACGGCCAAGAAGAAAUCAUAUCAUUAUGUAUGGGUCAGCAGGGGUCGUGUUAACGUCAGACGCUCGGAUGGCGAACCUGUGAUUCGAGUAGACUCGGUGGCUGACCUUGACAAGUUGGCUUGA